UGUCAAAAUGUGCGUGAUUACAAAAGCAUGCUUCUAUCUUUUUCUCACGCAAAAACCAACCAAAUAUUAGCAACACCGUCAACGCGAAUAUCAGCAACGCCGUAAACGUGAAUUGUUUUUCAUUACCGAGUUUGUUUUUCAUUGCCGCUAAAAUUAUCGGGUUGAAAAAAAAGCUAUUGUUAUUGGUUAAAAAAGUGUUCAGUGUCAAAAAUUUAUUUACUUUUCGAUGUCCGAAAAGAGAAUGAAUAAAAUUAUGAAAAAUUUUUUGGAGAGAGGCUUGCGAGAACCCUGCGCUAGCGAUUCGAAAGCGAGCGACCCUGAACAUCAAAUCCAAACAGAAGACUACAACAACAACACAAUAGCUAUGGAAAUAGUCAGCAAUGAGGAACUUGCAAUUAGUGAAAAUGAGGCAAGAAUAAGUUUAAUCGUAAAAAAGAAAAAAUCUGCUAAACGCUACGUUCAACAAUACAAAGAAGUCUGGGAAAAAGAGCUACCGUGGCUUGAACAGCGAGGAGAAUCUGCAUACUGUAAGGUUUGUGAAUCUUCCUUGAAAUUUGAAAACGGAGGGAUAAAGGAUUUACGAACACAUCAAAGACAGGAAACUCACAAAAAAGCUGCAUCAGCAAUUUUAAACCGAAGCAAUGAUUUGAAGAAAAUGCUACCAUCAGAACUAGCAACUGUAGAUGCGUGCAUUCGAUUAUGCUUGUACGCAGUACACAAAAAUAUUUCGUUCAGAGCUAUGGACGAACUCAUACCGACAUUAAAAGCAUCCUUUCCUGAUUCAAAAAUUCUUAAUUCAGUGAGAAUGUGCCGCACGAAAGCGGCAAGAAUUAUCAUCGCAGUGACUGGAGAAACGCAGAAAAAUAGACUGAUCCAGAUCAUGCAGCAAACUUACUUCAGUAUAAUCGUGGAUGAAUCCACCGAUAUUACAUCGGAAAAAGUUCUGUGUGUCGUUGUGAGGUACUACGACGAGAAUGUGGGUCACAUUCGCGACGUGUUUUUUGAUCUGAUUGAACUCGAUGCGAGUAACGCUUCUUCUAAAAAAACAGCAAUUGUUAAAAGACUCGAUCAGUUCAACAUCCCAUAUAAAAAGUUUAUGCUCGGAAUAGGGAGCGACAACGCUGCUGUCAUGGUCGGACAGAGACAUUCAGUAACGAGUCUACUGCGGGACGAUUGUCCGCAUCUCAUCAGUAUGCCCUGUAUAUGCCACUCUCUCGCCUUAUGCGCGUCUUACGCUAGCAAAAAGUUACCCGAUCAUCUGGAACAAAUGCUAAAAGAUAUUUACAGCUAUCUAUCUGCUAGCCCGGUUAGAUUGCAGCAAUUUGAUAAAAUUCAAUGCAUGCUAGAUUUCAAUCCAAUCCGCGUGCCACGGAUGCAUGAUGUUCGAUUUUUGUCUAGAGGACAGGUUGUGAAGGCUGUUUUGUCUAGAUAUGAACCGUUGCAGAUAUACUUUGGACUUGCGUCAAACGUUGAUAAUUUAUCGAACGCAUCGAAAAUUCAUAAAACGCUCGCUGAUACCGUUACCGAAAUCUACCUGUUAUUUUUAGAUUUCAUUUUGCCGUUCGUUGAUAAUAUGAACAAACUUUUUCAAUCGGAAAAACCGGAAAUCAUUUCACUCCAUGCAACUUUAUCAAGAAAACUUAGACAUUUACUUAGCUACUUCAUAAAAGAUGAUGUCACGCGAUCUACAAACUUGACUGAUAUUAAAUUUCACCCCCAUGAUUUCAAGCCGGUUCAUGAUUGAUCCUAGGUACCUAGGAGUAAAGGUAGCUACCAAACUAGAUGCCAGUAAAAUUGAAAAAACACAAUUGUUAGCUAUACAAAAUACGUGCACUGCGUUUUACCUAGAGUUAGCCUUGCAAAUGUUUAAACGGUUCCAAUUAGAGAAUGAAAUCUAUAAAAGUAUUCAAAUGUUGGAACCCAUCAACAUUUUUGAAGGGAGAAGUUUGAGCGUUGGCCCCGUUUUACCACAUUUCCCAACUGUAAUACCAGAUAGCAUGUAGCAGGAUGCUGAUAACGAAUUUAAUGAAAUUAAGCACUUGAAUUUCAAAUGCUUAGGACUAACGCAAUAAAAUAACGCCGAGGAUUUUUGGAUUAAAAUAACGAAUUUCCGCGAUAGAAAUGAUGCACUGAAGUAUCCGUUAAUGGCACGACUUAUGAGAGCAAUACUAUCUUUACCACAUUCAUCGGCGGCAGCUGAAAGGAUAUUCUCCGCCCAAAAUUUGAACAAAACCAAAAUCCGAAACCGUUUGAAAAAUGCUUCCCUAGUGGGAAUUCUCCGAACAAAAGAUUGGAUAAAAACAUUCGGAAAUCCGAAUACAGCGCAAAUUCCGACUGAAAUGCGACUUAAAUUUAACAGUCAAAUGUAUUCUAUCGCUGUUGAAGACAACGAAUGUGAAACUGAAGAUUACCAUGAUGUCCUAGAACUUCUCGAAUAAAUAGAUUCAGUAUCAUCUGUUUAUGUUUCCUAGCUGGUUCUAAAAGAGGAGAAUAGUGUUGUAACUCGCUACAAUCUGAUCAAUCUGAUUGAAAAAAAAAAGAUUAACAUCGCAGAUGAGAAAACCAUCCUUGAAUUGAACUUUUCAUUUUGGAAUUGGGAAACAGACCCCCGCGAUUUAUUAGAAAUCGUACGCAUUGUAUUUCAAAAAAAAAGAUGGAAAAUAUUCAUAACAUUUAUCGUGAGCAUAUUGAUUCUAUCGAGAAUCACAAAAAAGUUCCCAGAUUUAGUGAAGAAAAGAUUAUUGGUUCAAAAAUAACGUCAGCUGAGAAACAGGACCGAACUAAUUAAAAACUGCUUACAAUUUUGCUCGAUGGAUCGAUGGACUUUGUCUAUUGCUAGUCCCAUCGAUAUACAAGAGCGUCGACAUCAUUGCAAAUCGGAUGCUUCAGCUACAAAUGUAAAAUAUUCAAAAAGGUUGGAGGAAGGUUGCUAAAUUUUGGUAACAGUGCAAGUCGAAUGGAAAUGUUGGAAAAAACAAGGGGUUCAUUCAGCGCCAUCAGGCACUCCUACAUACACGGCUCUUUGUGUCAGUAGUGAUUUGAAGGUAAUUGAAUUUUCAUGUGCCACAGUAAUCUGUUUGGAAGCGAUGAAUUUCAUAAACUACAACAGCAACGAAAAGCAAAACAAUGACAAAGCAUUAAAAUUUAUAAAGUGAAACAUUAAACAAGUUUGCAAAUCGGAUUCUUCAGCUACAAAUGGCAAAAAAAGUGAUAGCAGGCGGGAAAGUGACAUUACCAUUAAUCUCCAGAAAUACGAUUUAUUAGUAACGGACUCGGAAAAUCAAUCUUGCUGGAGCAAGAAACUCGUUUUCGAAUGCUUUUUAAACCAAUCAUUGAUCUUCACACACCAGCUCAAGAGGUUGAGGCCCAAUGAAAAAUUUCUAUCGUUGAUUUUCAGAUUUCGAGCACGUUCAAGAAUCAUCUGUACUCGACCAUACGUGCGGAACAGGAUCCAACUGGUCGAAAACUGCUUACAACUUUGUGCGACAAAUCGAAUCCGUUGAAUGUGCCUAUUGCUAGUCCCAUUGAUUUAACAAUAGCGUUAACGUUAUCUGGUAAUAAUUAUGAAAAUGAAACUUCGAAUAAAUUGUUAUUCAAAACCCACAA